UUGUACUAUAAUAAUUUUAAGUAUAAGAGCAGUAGAGCGUGGUUGGAGGUGGUGGAGGAAGAGGAAAUCAGUGGUGUGGCCGGAGCCCAUCCCUGCUGCCGGAGCAGCUCAAGCCCUUUAAACAAGCUUUGUAGUACUGAGAACUAAUGCGGUCGCGUCCACUCCCGCACCCGGGGGGGAACCUAAGGCACGAGCCGGCCCCUAUAAUCAGGCUGAGUGUAGAGGUUUUCUAACUUAACCCAAUCAUUGCGUUUUACAUACUAUUCUAUUGGGUUUAAUGCAAUUAAGACAUUGUUACGGAUUCGCUUUCCUCGUGGGUAAGUUAUCAGUUACUCUGAUCACCCCCUGCGUGUGGCGGUGGUAGCUCCCCUCCAGCUGAUCGCGUUGAUUUCAGUAACCGAUUCCCACUCUGUCACCCGAAAUCCGGGGGCUCCGUCCUUCGCUUUUACGCGAUAUAUCGCUGAAAUAACGCCGGCUUGAGUUGGCAGAGGGUUGGGUUAACGUGUCGGAGCGGAUAUCUGUACUUGUAUUUGUAUUAAUCAUCUUUAAGCAGCAGGCCUCGGCUUCAUCCUCGGUCUUGCCUGGCUCCAUGGAGGACAGUGAGCGCAGUAAAGCACCGGCUCUUCAGCCCCGCUGCCCCUGCGGGUUCUGGGGCUCUAGCAAAACUAUGAACCUCUGCUCAAAAUGUUUUGCCGAUGUUCAGAAGAAACAGCCAGACGUUGAAUGUUCCACAAAGUCCAGUCCAGCAUGUGAAAGCAGCCAGUUGUCAGUCUAUGGUAGUGAUUCCAGUAGUAGUAAUAGUAGCAGCAGCACAGAUACAGCUUUGCUGGCGGUACCAACGUGCUCAGAGAAGAACAAAGCUAAACCAACUGACCUCGCUUCACAAGAGGGAAAUUUACACACACUCCCUCUCAGCACAUCUGUUAAACGGCCAUGUGACUCAGAUGAGGAGUCUGUGCGGAAGAAACCUAGACCUUCUCAAGAGGAGCAAAAACAGAAGAACCGUCGCCGCUGCUUCCGCUGCCAGAGCAAAUUGGAGCUGGUACAGCAGGAGUUGGGCUCCUGCCGCUGUGGCUUUGUGUUCUGUAUGCGGCAUCGUCUGCCAGAGCAGCACGAUUGUGUGUUCGAUCACCAGGGUCGUGGGCGGCAAGAAGCUGUAAGAAAAAUGGUGAAGCUGGAGCGCAAGGUUGGGCGCUCGUGCCAGCGAAUAGGGGAGGAGUGUUCCUGAGCCACAGCCAAAGCCAAUCAUUUGAAGGCUGGAGACACUUUUGAACAUGUCCCAUUUACAUGCAGGGAAAUUGAAACUUGACCUGAAAAUGGUUGGAAAGACUCUGGAACCUGAGUUUGCUUUUAACUGUUUGACUGCACUCUGCAUUAACCUGAACUCUGGACUUUAGGCAGACUUCAGGCUGAAGUCUGAAGCAUGAUCUGGGGGCUGGCUACUCUGUCUUCAGUGGCUUCUCAGGUGUGGGUGGAAGGUUUGUCCACAGCCUUCUACCUUCUCCUCAACUCCAACCUCUAGCAAAGUGUGUGUGAGUGGCUGAGGUUUUGUUGUACACGUUUUUUUGUUUUUUCUUGGCAGUGGUAGAUUAAGCAGUGCUUUUACGAGUAAGUGAAAUACCAGCCCUGCUUAGCUUGGAGCCUCAAACAGCCUGAAACUGGUUGAAUGAAUUCUACAAACUCCUCAAUUCUGACUGCUUCUAAUUUACACCCAUCUGUUUGACCCUGUCUUUCUGUUCACACCUGCUCCUGGAUUGUAUUUCACAAGCUGGCCAUGUUAGAGUUCAGGCAGCUGAAGUUAAACAGGUUUAAGUUUGAAGAGGAGCCCUGGGGUCAAGAGUUAUUUUUAUUUUGGAACAUUUUUUUUUAGAACUUUUGUUGCUUAUACAUAAAAUGGAAAGAAAUUAAUAUUAAACUAUUUCGAACUUUUUAAUUUAACUGUUAUUUGAUUUGCUAAUUUAGUAUAGAAUAAGUAAUUACUGUAUUAUUUAUCUUUAAUAUUUGCUUUUCCCUCCUUCUUGUUCUGUAAAAACAAAUAAACCAGGAUGAAAGUGUGUAA